GUGAAUUGCUAAAAAGAAAAUGGCCCAUCGGAGCACUGCUCUUCCUUCCCUUGUCACGGAGGAAAGGCGGGUCAGAACUAUGCCACGGCACAGCCAGUCUCUGUCACUGACCCCGUACUCGUCGGCGAGCCUGGUGGAGCUGUUGGAAGACAGAAUCCUCUUCCACGAGAAGACCACGGCGGCCCUGGUGGAGCACGCCUUUCGCAUCAAAGAGGACAUCGUCGCCAGUUUGCAGAAAAUGCAGAACAAAGGCGGAGGGGACCGCUUGGCCAGGCUCUUCUUGGAAGAGCACAUCAGAAACAUCACCGCCAUCGUGAAGCAGCUGAACCGCGAUAUCGAGGUUCUUCAGGAACAGAUCCGUGCCAGGGAUAACAUUAGUUACGGCACGAAUUCCGCCUUAAAGAGCCUGGAGAUGCGUCAGCUCUCCGGUUUAGGAGAUCUUCGCGGGAGAGUAGCAAGGUGUGAUGCCAGUAUAGCUAGAUUGUCUGCCGAGCACAAAUCAACGUUUGAAGGACUUCAGCACUUGAACAAAGAACAGCAAGCUGCUAAACUUAUUUUGGAAACCAAAAUUAAAGAUGCUGAAGGACAGAUUUGCCAGCUCCUGAAUCGAGUCGACCUGUCGAUAACAGAGCAGAGCACCAAGCUGAAGAUGACCCACAGAGAUAGCAACCACCAACUCCACCUUCUGGAUGUGAAAUUUAAAGGGACUGUAGAGGAACUCAGCACCCAGAUUUUGUCCGCACGGAAUUGGCUUCAACAAGAGCAAGAACGGAUUGAAAAAGAACUCUUACGGAAAAUCGACCAACUCUCCUUGAUCGUUAAGGAAAAUAGUGAGAUCAGCGAAAGGAUCAUAGAGAAGAAGUUCAGCCAGAUGUCAGCAAAACUGGAUAAAAUAGAAGAGAUACAAAAGAAAAAUCUGGAAGCACAGAGGCCAAAGCACGACGAAGAGAAGAUAUAUGCCCGAAUCAGUAAGAUUGAAAUUCAGAUGAAUGAGGACAUACAAGGAAUGAAAGCUGAGUUCAAUGCUGGAUUUGCAGCCAUUUAUGAAAGCAUCGGGUCGCUGAGACAGGUUCUCGAAGCUAAAAUGAAACUGGACAAGGAUCAGCUCCAGAAGCAGAUCCACCAGAUGAAGAAGCAGGAAAGUCCAAUGAGAGGCGAUCUGGGACUGUGAGGGAGAAGAAGAAGAGGUCGUUUACAAGGGCCCAAGGAGCCGAGGGCCGUCGCCACACCCCGAUUCCUCUUCUCCGCGUCGUGCAUGUGUCAGAUGACGCCGUCCCUGGCCGAGAUGCUGGUCUCGACUCCGGAAGAUGGUCUCCACUUCGUCAAGGAUGGCUAGUAGAAUUCCACAAAGUCAUUGCACUUGUAAAUAUUUAUUGCAGGGAUCGCAGUUUCCUUUUGGAAAGGUUUUUUUCCUUGGUAUUCUGUGGAUAAAAAGACAGCAAAAGGAAUUUUUUUAUGGUAUUUGUUAAGCGCUUACUAUGCUCCAGGCACUGUAAUAAACCCUGGGGCGCAU